AUGGCCACAUCAGCACCAACGAUUCCAGACAUUGGCCAGGCAGUGGAGGAUCUCUCUGCUCGAGUCGCCACGGAGAUUAACGGCGUCGCAGGUAGCGCCGACUCCGCCGCCUCCGCGAACGCCGCCGCCGCGUCCGCUGCGGCGGGGCCUCCUGCAGUGGACGAGAUCGAGAGCCUGUGCAUGCGAUGCCAUGAGCAGGGCACGACGCGGCUCCUGCUGACACGUGUCCCGCAUUUUCGGGAGCUCGUCAUCAUGGCGUUCGAGUGCCCGCAUUGUAACGAGUCCAACAACGAGGUACAAUUCGCCGGGUCGUUACAACCCACCGGCGUACGGUUCUCCCUUUCCGUACCGGUCGCGGCGGAAGGAGCAGCAGCCGAGGGAACGACGGAGUCGUCCGACGCGGAUCGUGACGUGGACUCCCACGUGGCGCUGAUGAACCGCCAGGUGGUGAAAUCCGAUUCGGCGACGAUCCGCAUUCCAGAGAUCGACUUCGAGAUCCCGCCCGAGUCGCAGCGCGGCACGCUCACCACCGUGGAAGGCGUCUUGACCCGCGCGCACGACGGGCUCGGCGCGCUGCAGACGGAGCGGCGCGCGGCGGACGCCGCCGUCGCCGCCGCGAUCGACGAAUUCCUCGCGAAGCUGAAAUCCUGCAUCGACGGCUCACGUGCGUUCACGCUCGUGUUGGACGAUCCGUCCGGUAACAGUUACGUCGAGAACCCGCGCGCUCCGGAACCCGAUCCGAUUUUGAAGGUCGAGCAUUACGAGCGCACGCCGGAGCAGAACGAGAAGCUAGGGUUCCUCGCGGCUCCUGCGGGCGCGGUUGAAGGCGGGGAAGCGGGAGACGGCGCGGGGACAGGCGCAGCGGGGGAUCCGACGAAGCUUCCGCACGGGUCGGUGGGCGCUGAGCUGGCGUAUCGCGCGAUUGCCGGCGGGAAUAACGCGGACCUGGCGAGUAACGCGCUGCUGUGCGGAUACUCUGCGCCCGAGGAGGUGAUGGUGUUCCCCGCCACCUGCAGCGCGUGCGGCGCUAGCGGCGCAGCGAGCGGCGGAGCGAGCGGCGCGGCGAGCGGCGCGACUGGGGACGCGGGAAGGAGGAUGGGGAAAAGCUUGAAACGGAUCCGACCGUUUGAGAUCGGGGACAGUGCGCCGGAGUGGCAGAGGAGCAAGUGGCAGGAGCUGGAUAAGCAGCUUCGCGCCAUUGCUGCUGGUGAACCCGUGCGGGUGAAACGGAACAGAGCGACCGACGCUGGUGCUGGUGCUGCUAAGAAAGACAGAGGCUUGGAGAAAGAGAAGGGAGAAUCCGGGGAGGAGGUGAAUGGGCAGGUGCAGGUGGAGGAGUAUGUGCGGUCGUGGGAGCAGGAUGAGGAGCUGGGUCUGCAUGACAUGCGGACCGGGGAGGAGCAUGUGGAGGAGGAGAGGGGGAAAACAGAGAAGAUCGAGCUGGAGGCAGUUCAGACGGCGACUCAUCCGUGGCGAGGCGACGACGACGUUGUAUUGUGGAACGCGGCAUCAUCUGGUACGAACAGACCCAACGGCGCGCCUCGCGGAAUUCACGCCAAGGCAGCGCGGCUGGUGGCGGCGCAGAGGGUCUCGGAGCCCCUCUCGUCUGAUUCGGCCAGAUCUGGUGGUGCUGAUGGUGCUGGUUCCUUAAUCAGUGGUUCCCACGCGACUCCGAGGUGGAAUCGGCGCGCUGCUGCCAGUCGCCACGUGGCGACCGCCGAACCUCAGCGCCUAGGCGGUGUUUCCCGCCACGACGGGAGUGGAGGAGCAGUUGUCAACAGCGCAUUCCGCGCAGCCAGCCCCGAUGACGUGGCGAUCCAUCACCUUUCCAGUCACGAGCGCCGCCGGCGCGGCAGUGGCACGUCAGCGCACAAGCGGCGGCGCAGCAGUGGCGCUGGAAUGAAUAACGGCCCAGGGAUGAUGGCGACUUCCCAGGCGUCACAGUCACACUUUAACGGGGACAUGCGCGGGGAAUUUCGCAAGGCUGGACCCUCGGACGUUGUGCUGCACAUGAGCAAUGGUGGCAGCAACAGAAAUAAGCAGGGCGUGAAUGAUCAUGAAAUUGUGGGGAUGGCCGGAUUUGCACAGAAUGGUGACUACAGCGGUGGUGACUAUAGUGGUGGUGACUAUAGUGGAGGCAGCAAUGGUGGUGAUUAUAAUGGGGGCGACAACAGUGGUGACAAUGGUGGUGACAACGGUGGUGACUAUAAUGGUGGUGGCGACUAUCAUGGUGGUGUCAACAGUGGUGACUAUCGUGGUGGUGACAUUAGUGAUUUCGUCGCUGUUGACAGCGUUGGAGUCAAUGGGGAGGGCUGCCCUGAUGGUGGUAAUGGUGGAAACGACAAGGGUGGAAACGGCGAUGGUGGAAACGGCGACAGCGGAAACGGCGGUAGCGGCGGAAACGGCGACGGCGGAAACGGCAGUUCUGGAAACGGUGGUAGCGGCAGAAGCAUCGACAUCACCGGGAUUCUAGAGGCGGCAGCAGCAGCACAGGACUGGGCGAACCAGCUGGCGUCCAAAGGGUGCCCUCUGGAGCACGGAGGAGCAGAGGGGUUCGGGCAGAACCUCUACUGGAAAUCACCUGCAGGGCUGACCCCCCAGGAGGACCGUGGAGCGGUGCAGUCAUGGGUGGAAGAGAAGGCGGACUGGACACCUAGCCCGAUUCCCGAUGGGUGUGCGGAGGGUAAGAUGUGUGGGCACUACACGCAGGUGGUUUGGCGGGAUACCACUCAUGUGGGAUGCGCCUCUGCUCAGUGCCCUGAUGGUUCGGGUAUUUGGGUGUGCGGCUACUUGCCCCCGGGCAACUUUGUUGGCCAAACUCCUUACUAG